GGCGCAGCUUCGGCCACUGUCGUCCGCUCCACCUGGGCCAACCCCGCAAGCAGGCGAGAGAGGCUCUGGAAACAUGGGUGACUGGGGCUUCCUGGAGAAGCUGCUAGAUCAGGUCCAGGAGCACUCGACUGUGGUGGGCAAGAUCUGGCUGACCGUACUCUUCAUCUUCCGCAUCCUCAUCCUGGGCCUGGCCGGCGAGUCGGUGUGGGGCGACGAGCAGUCCGAUUUUGAGUGUAACACAGCCCAGCCCGGCUGCACGAACGUCUGCUAUGACCAGGCUUUCCCCAUCUCCCACAUCCGCUACUGGGUGCUGCAGUUCCUCUUCGUCAGCACGCCCACCCUCAUCUACCUGGGCCAUGUCAUUUACCUGUCUCGGCGGGAAGAGCGAUUGAGGCAGAAAGAGGGAGAGCUCCGGGCACUGCCCUCCAAGGACCCACAUGUAGAGCGGGCCCUGGCUGCCAUAGAGCACCAGAUGGCCAAGAUCUCGGUGGCAGAGGACGGUCGUCUUCGGAUCCGUGGGGCGCUCAUGGGUACCUAUGUGGUCAGCGUGCUGUGCAAAAGCGUGCUGGAGGCAGGCUUCCUCUACGGCCAGUGGCGCCUCUACGGCUGGACCAUGGAGCCCGUGUAUGUGUGCCAGCGCGCGCCCUGCCCCCACCUCGUGGACUGCUAUGUCUCUCGACCCACAGAGAAGACUAUCUUCAUCAUCUUCAUGCUCGUGGUGGGAGUCAUCUCUCUGGUGCUCAACCUGCUGGAGCUGGUGCACCUGCUGUGUCGGUGUGUCGGCCGGGAGAUAAAGGCACGGAAGGACCACGACACAUCCCGAGCCCAGGGCGCUGCCUCAGACCCUUACCCGGAACAGGUGUUCUUCUACCUCCCCAUGGGCAAGGAACCCUCGUCCCCACCAUGUCCCACCUACAAUGGGCUCUCAUCCACUGAGCAAAACUGGGCCAACUUGACCACAGAGGAGCAGCUGACCUCCUCCAGGCCUCCCCCCUUCGAAAACCCAGCCCCUCAGGGUGGCCGGAAGCCCCCUAGUCGCCCCAGCAGUUCUGCAUCUAAGAAGCAGUAUGUGUAGGGAACUGGGGCUCCUGUCACUCAAGAGAGAGGUCCUGAGAAGGGUGUCUACCUUGGAUGCCUCUCAGGCAGCCCCUCCUCAAAGGCACUUUGGAGACAACUAGGCCAGAGAGGCGGACACUUGCUGGACAGAGGACCUGAUUACGGGUGGUUCUGGAAUACUUGGAGCCUUCGUGAUGAACCAAGGGACACUGUGGCUUUCUUUCCAGAACGUGAUUCUGCCCUGACGUGGUCAUACAGGUGGGGAUGCUCCUGGCUAAGGGUGCUAUGGGACCUCUGACCCUUUUCACCUAAUCCAGAGGGACCCAGAGCCAACUGGACUCAUUGGGCCUCUUAGACCGCACACUGGGUUUUCAUCACUCCCUGUCCUCCUGGAGAAAAGCUGAUGCAGGCUGCUGGCUCAGCUUCAUCACCUGGACAGACACGGCCUGCACUGGAUCUGGCCCUUUCCGGGGGAACUGAUUGGUGUCUUGUUUCUGUCGCUCCCUGUCCCAAUGUUUCUGCUUCUAAAAUAAACAGGACUCGAUCAUCCAUCAGGUGUGU